AUGGGUGCUGGAGCCAGUGCUGAGGAGAAGCACUCCCGUGAGCUGGAGAAGAAGCUCAAGGAGGAUGCUGAAAAGGAUGCCAGGACCGUCAAGCUGCUGCUGCUGGGAGCAGGAGAGUCAGGGAAGAGUACCAUCGUCAAGCAGAUGAAGAUCAUCCACCAGGAUGGUUACUCACUGGAGGAAUGCCUGGAGUUCAUUGCCAUCAUCUACAGCAACACACUCCAGUCCAUGCUGGCCAUCGUGCGGGCCAUGACCACCCUCAAUAUCCAGUACGGGGACUCAGCUCGCCAGGAUGAUGCCCGCAAGCUGCUGCACCUCUCAGACACUAUAGAGGAGGGCACUAUGCCCAAGGAGAUGUCAGACAUCAUCGGGCGGCUCUGGAAGGACACAGGCAUCCAAGCCUGCUUCGACCGUGCCUCUGAGUACCAGCUCAAUGACUCGGCUGGCUACUACCUAUCAGACCUGGAGCGCCUGGUGACCCCUGGCUACGUCCCCACGGAACAGGAUGUGCUGCGCUCCCGCGUCAAGACCACUGGCAUCAUCGAGACCCAGUUCUCCUUCAAAGACCUCAACUUCAGGAUGUUUGAUGUGGGUGGGCAGCGCUCAGAGCGGAAGAAGUGGAUUCACUGCUUUGAGGGAGUGACUUGCAUCAUCUUCAUCGCGGCCCUCAGUGCCUAUGACAUGGUCCUGGUGGAGGAUGACGAAGUGAACCGCAUGCACGAGAGCCUGCACCUCUUCAACAGCAUCUGCAACCACCGCUACUUUGCCACCACAUCCAUUGUCCUCUUCCUCAACAAGAAGGACGUCUUCCUGGAGAAGAUCAAGAAGGCCCAUCUCAGCAUCUGCUUCCCCGACUACGAUGGUCCCAACACCUACGAUGACGCCGGCAACUACAUCAAGCUGCAGUUCCUGGAGCUGAACAUGCGCCGAGACGUGAAGGAGAUCUACUCCCACAUGACCUGCGCCACUGAUACCGAGAACGUAAAGUUCGUCUUCGACGCCGUCACCGACAUCAUCAUCAAGGAGAACCUCAAGGACUGCGGGCUCUUCUGA